AUGUCAAACAAACUGCCGGUGCGCACUCUGGGGGAGAUCACGCUGGCUCAGCUGGCUGGCACGAUCGUGGGCGCGAUCGGGACGAUGGUGCAGCAGUGUCAGGCUUUCGGCAUCCCACCAGACUACGCGCUGCUGAUGGUGGAGAUCAACUCGUACCUGGAGAGCAUGGGUGCGACCAGCAACGUGUACGAGGACCUACUCCGGGUGAUCCUAUGCUCCGAUUCGCUCGAAGCGUCGAUGCGCUUCUGCUGUCUGCAGAUGCUGCUGAACGAGGGCGUCCAGUGCUUGGUGACGGAGAUCUUUCCCGUGCCGUACUACGAGCGCAUCCUGCAGGUGAUCGCCGGCCAGGGUCGAGGGCUUCGGCAGCUCAACAUGAAGGGCGUGUGGGUGAAGGAGGAGAGUAUGUGCUAUAUGUUCGAGAUUGUCAAGCGAUUGCCGCACCUCACCAAGCUUACCAUCCCACACAUCGCCAACGACAACCUGCUGAAGCAUAUCGCCGACUACAGCCGCUGUUUGCGCCAGCUUGAUAUCAGCGGUGAGACGGAUAUCACCGAGAUCGGCAUCGAGUACCUGUGCUACGGCACAUGCCGGGAUCUGCUAACCUACGUCGACAUCGGCUCGCUCGGGGACGAGAAUAUCUGUCACACGGACGUAGCACUGCUGCUACGAUACCUACCCAAUCUGACGACCUUGCAGUCUUAUUCCUUCGUAGGCCGCAGUUUGCUUCAUAUCCUCGAGGAGAAGGAUGCCGGAUUCCAGUGUCGGUUGAGUUACAUACACGAUACGAACACGACUGGGGCUUCGAUGGACGCAAUCGUGCGAACAUGCCCCCGGCUGGAGGACAUCUACCUUGACUCCCCGGAGAUUGGCAUCCUCGAAAAGCUAAAGCCGAUUCGGCUCCGUCGAAUCAAGCUGUACAAGUUCAGCUGCUACGAGCUACUCGGUCUACUUGAGGCCGGUGGUCCCGGAAGCUCCUUGUACCAUCUAACGACUAUCAAGGGUUAUGGACCGCUCGAGAUUAACCGGCUAGUCCGGGUCUGCCCAAACCUGCUCGAUCUCGAUCUCUACAUGAUGGACUCGCUUACGUUCUCCGGUGACUCAAGCUUUCCGAAUCUCCAAGGUCUGGAGAUUCUGAGCAGUCCGAUUCAGAAACCGAGCUUGCGGAACUUCAUCUGCCGAACUACGACGCUCAAACGGCUCGCUGUGGAUACGGUUAGCUUCUCCGACGAGGACAUCAGCUCGAUGGUCAUUGAACACGACUUCUUACAGCUGGAGGAUGUAUGGUUUACCUCGGCACCGUACUUAUCGAUCGCUGCAGUUGAGAUUUUGAUGGAUCGUUGCCCGGAACUGCAGAGUGUUGGACAGCUGAGCGGGUGGGCUUUAACACCGGACGACGUGACGUUACUGCGCGGGAUCCUUAAGAGCUGCAACGCAUCCCUGAUCCUCAAGCCGUAUCAGCCCCGACCGAAAGGACGACACGACCUGGCGUGGAUCUUUGUGCCGGCGUGAUAACAAUCUAGUGUGAC